AUGCGAGGUCCCAUUGUGUUAGGAGGUUCUUCUCACCCUAAGCUCGUACAAGAGAUUUGCGAUCGUCUUGGUAUUGAGCCAGGCAAGUCUCGUCUUUCUAAAUUCAGCAACAAUGAGACCAGCGUCGAAUUGUAUGAAUCUGUACGUGAGCAAGAUGUCUACAUCGUGCAAUCUGGAUGCGGCCAUGUCAAUGAUAACUUUUUUGAGCUCUGCAUCAUGAUUCAAGCCUGUAAAACAGCGUCAGCAAGAAAGGUUACCGCCGUCAUUCCCUUCUUUCCUUAUUCCAGACAGCCUGAUGCGCCAUUCAAACGCUCUGGUGCUCCCUUUAUCCGUCCUCCACCCAUGACAGUGCCCUCCACACCUAAAACUAUGCCCUCCACACCUAAAACUAUGCCCUCCACGCCUAAAAACGAGUACAUCGAUAACCCCUUCCAGCCUGCUGUGCCCAAUACCACAUUCUCACGGUUAUCCAGCGACCUCGACAUUGGACAUCAAAUCAUGUUGGGAGGCGGAAGUAAUGCGAACAGUAACAGAGGCAUCACUGGCUCUGCCAUUCAACAACAUCAUCAGCAAAAGCAGCAGCAAAACAAUAAUACCAAUGAUGGAUACAAGCAGUGGGUCGUACGAUCUGGUACUUUGAUUGCUGAAUUAUUGACAUGUGCAGGCGCAGAUCAUAUCAUUACCAUGGAUUUGCAUGACCCUCAAUUUCAAGGCUUCUUUGAUUGCCCCGUAGAUAAUCUAUCGUCUCUGCCUUCCAUGGGCAAAUACAUCUAUCGCAACAUACCCAACUACGGUGAAGCCGUGAUUGUAUCUCCUGACGCAGGCGGUGCUAAGCGUGCUACCAGUAUUGCCGAGAAACUACACAUGGAUUUCGCCCUGAUCCACAAAGAACGUCGUCGUCCUGACAAGCCUCAAAAGCAUGAUUUGAUGUUGGUGGGUGAUGUGCGUGACAAGGUGUGCAUCUUGAUUGACGACAUUGCCGAUACUUCAUUUACCAUCACCAAAGCAGCUAAACUGCUGCACGAGAAUGGCGCCACCAAGAUCUACGCCCUCAUCACACACGCUGUCUUAUCUGGUGAUGCUGUUGAAAGAAUUCAGCAAAGCUAUUUGGAUCAUGUCAUUGUCAGUGAUUCUGUACCACAAGAUCAGCAUAUCCAAAAAUGCAGCAAAUUCUUGAUCUUGCCUGUCGCUCCGUUGUUUGCUGAAGCUAUUAGAAGAAUCCAUUUCGGUGAGAGUGUCAGUACCUUGUUUGAUCCCAAAUAUGAAUUGUGCUAG